AUGGAGAAGGAACUUUCUGAUGAAAAUCCUGGCUUGCAAUCAAUGGAAUUAAAUGAAAUUGAGAACAGAAUUUUAGACCUUGACAAGUGGAGGACAAUAUUCAGCUCACAGGGGUUGGAAGCAGGCAAAUCAAUAUCUGAGGACAAUAAUAGAGAAGAGGAGAACAAUGAAGAAACCCCAAGAAGCAAAAGGCAAGGGAUGCUUCCAGCCAAUAUUCUGUAUUCAAUUCCAAAAGAGCUGAUCAUAGCAUCGGACCUUGGUGGCCACCCCAUCACUAUAGCAAUGGCAAUGGAGCUGAGAAAAAUGUUGUUUGGAAACACUUUCAAUACAUUCAACUAUGAGUGGAAAAUAUCAUUCUUCAAAUUUAAAGAUCCAUUUUCAGAUCUGGCCUACUGUUUAGAAGCAGAGAAAGGUGGAACAAGAGCAAUACAGAUGGCAGUACAGGCUCACAUCAUUAAGUACCUGCUGUUCACAAGGAAUAAAGAUGAGCACAGGUCUCUUCAGAGUUUACGUGAAAUAGGCCAGAAACAGCAGGAAAGGGCACUGGCAGGAGCAAUGGCAGAUAUCCUUUGGACAGCAGGAGAGGGGGGAAAAGCCAAGGUCUGCCUCAUCACAAGUGAUUGCUAUGUCACUGAGAGUACAGACUACAAAGCUGACAAUUUUACAGAACGGAUUCAGUUAUUUGAAUUUAUGAACAAAGAAAAACUGGAGAAAUUCAUCUUUGCACACAUACGCUGUUUCAAAAAUGAAGGAAGCCAUGGUGUGAUAUUAUUUUUGUACAGCUUGCUGUUCUCUAGGACAUUUUCAAGACUUUGGGAAGAUUUAGACUUUACAACAACCCAUCUUUUGCAUUUUAAUCUUGGAAACUACACACCAAGGCAGGCUAUUUUAAACAUGAUGUUAACAGGAAGAGCAAGCCCACAUUUGUUUAAUGGAGAUCGAAUGCUGGAAGAAUCAGAGCUAGCACCAAAAAUACUGCAUGGGGUUCAGAGCCGAAGUGAUGUUGGAUACUUGCACUGGAGUAGAGAGGAAAUGGAAAAAAACAAACUUCCCCAGGUGGGAAGUAUGUUGAAAACUCCCAAAUUUCCUAUUUGGGUUUGUAACAUUAGUAGUACUUACAGUGUGCUUUUUGGUAUGAAGACCUCCCUUUUACAUGACUGGAAAAUGGAACAUAUCUUUGACCUUUAUUUCUACAAUGGGCAGUUAUCUCAGGACAAAACAGUGCAUCUAACAAUUGAUACUCAUUCACAUCACUGGGAAGGAAAGUAUAAAUCAGAUGGAAGUGAUCCAGAAAAGAAGUUCCCCUCACUGGAAAUGACUAUCAGAACUAAAUGGGACGGAGCAGCUAUUAACUGGAAUUCUACUGUUCCUUUCUUUUAA